CACACAAGCAAGACAAAAUGAAGUACUUCAACAUCUGCCUGCUCUUCAUCAUCUGCGCCCUAUGCUAUGGACUAGUGGCUGCCCAGGAGGAGGGCGGAUCCGUGUCGCCCGCCAAGAGAAUUGCCGCCCUGCGCCGUCCCGUUGGUAAGGCGGCUAAGCCGACAACCACGACGACAGCGGCUCCGGCCCAGAAUGAUGCUGGCGAUGGUGAGGAAUACGAUGAGGAGGCGGGUCUGGGUGACCAUGGCGAGGAGGGUGAUGAGGCGGCGGCUGCCGACAGCUCGACCACAACCACCAGCACAGAGGCGCCCAAGAAGGUGGGACCUGUCAUCCGGCCAUUCCGCUCUAACGACGACUUCCUCAACUCUCUGAAGCGCCGCCAGCAGAACGCCAAGAAGCAUCGCGCUGAGAAGGUGCCCGCCAGCAAGCCGGCCAAGAAGAGUGACGAGUCCGCCUCGGGCGAGCAGGAGGAUCAGGCUCCGGCUGCGGCACCAGCACCCGGUCUCGACCCCAUCCAAGGGUUUAAGGGCAAUUCGGCAUUGAGCCGGCGCAAGCUUGCCAAGCCCGUCAAGGCGACGCCCGAGCAGGCAGCUGAUGAUGAUGCCGCCGCCGAAGAAUCGGAACAGCAGCAGAAGGAGGAGGCAAAACCGAAACGUCCCAUCGGUCGCCUGGCCUUGAGGAAGCGCAACUGAAAAGCCCAACAUCAGUGAACA